GCCGAUAUACAUGGAUAUUGUAGGUAGUAUAAGCCCUCGCCGACUGAGAGCAUACGGUACACGGGGACUCGACUCAUCCAGGGACAUUUCAUGAUGGGUUUUGAUGCGUUAUACCGAAUUUAUGCGGGGUUUAUCAGCCCUCCGCCAGCUAAGAAGCGUGACGAUGCUAUUCGGUUUGGACUCCUCGGCGCAUCCAGCAUCGCGCCUGUUUCUUUGAUCGCUCCCGCAAAGGCACACUCGGAGGUUAUAGUCGCUGCAAUCGCAGCCAGAGACCGUCCACGUGCCGAGGCAUAUGCAAAGAAGCACGGUAUUCCCAUCGUCCAUUCUUCUUACGAAGAACUCCUGCAAGACCCGUCCAUCGACGCCAUCUACAUCGCACUCCCAAAUAGCCUCCACUACGAAUGGGCGAUCCGCUCCCUCCGCGCCGGCAAACACGUCCUCCUAGAGAAACCCUCAUGCUCAAACGCCGAAGAAACCCGUGCGCUAUUCACCCACCCCCUCCUCAAAGCACCCAACGCACCUAUUCUCCUAGAAGCAUUCCACUACCGCUUCCAUCCCGCAUGGCAGACCUUCCUCGGGCACAUCCACGAUCCAGCAAUGGGCCGGGUGAAAAACGCCUUUGUCCAGCAAUACCUACCCAAGGGUGUGAUCCCGGAUAAUGAUAUCCGCUGGCGCUUCGAUCUUGCCGGCGGGGCUAUGAUCGAUUUCGGGACGUAUACGAUGAACUGUCUCCGACAGAUCUUCAAGCAAGAGCCCAGCGAAGUACUGGAGGCGACAUAUCGGGGUCUCGCGUCUCCCCCGGCUAGCCUUGUAGAGGCGGAUCAAGUCGACCAGGCGAUAACGGCUCGGUAUAGGAUGGCCGAUGGCGCGACGGGGACACUUAUCGCCGAUCUGUCGGCGUCUGGCGGGUGGCCUCUACUACCUACUUCAUGGACGAUGAACCUCCCGCGGCUGGGGUGGCCGAAGUGCGAGGUAGAGCUGGAAGAACGAGUCGUGGAAGACUCGGAUGGCCGGGUACAUACUGUGAAGCGGAUUGUGGUUAUUUGGAAUCAUCUCAUGCCUAGCAUUUACCAUCGCGUGGACGUGGAGGAUACGCAUGCGAUUCGGCGCGGUGGACAGGUGGUGAAGACGUGGACGGAGUGUAAGCGGGAGAAGGCGUAUCAGUGGCCAGCUGGUGAUGUGCGAGCUGGUAUUGAGCAGGGAUGGUGGACAAGUUAUCUUUAUCAGCUUCAUGAGUUUGUGAAUAAGGUCAAGGGACGAGAGGGUUCGGGGGUUUGGGUUGAUGCUGAGGAUAGCAUCAAGCAGAUGGAGGCCGUUGAUGAAACCUAUCGCAAGGCUGGACUUAAAGUGCGGCCUGGGAUAGCAUUUGAGCCGUAGGGAAUUCAAAUGUUGUCUUGUUGGCUAUUUCAAUUAAUUUCCUGUAGUGGGUGUUCUUUCAGUGCUGUAUGGAUAGAAAUACAUGAUGA